CUCUUUGGGGCUCAUAAGUUCUCCCUGCUCAUGCAGCUGCGGACCUGCACAGAGGUCACGUUCUGCACAGCAGGCUUCGUGCAAUGUCGUAGCCGCCUGGAAAAGCGCUCAGAGCCCCAGAUUAGCGGGAUUUGCACACGGACAAUCUGCUAAAUUGAGAAACUCAUUGAAACGCCAAUCUGGGCUCGAAAUCAGGGCGCAGCAGCCGAUUAUGACUCCUAGGACACAAGACAUGGCUGGAGACCCAUUUGGAUUGCUAAUGAGACAGCGGAUCGUCUUUCUGGGUGGAGAGGUGAACGACUUUGCAGCAGAUGCCAUCAUCAGUCAGCUCUUGCUGCUGGACUCACAGGACGCCACCAAGGACAUCAAACUGUUCAUCAACUCUCCUGGAGGUUCUGUGACAGCAGGCAUGGGCAUCUAUGACGCCAUGCAGCUGUGCCGCGCGGAUAUUCAGACGUACUGCUUUGGGCUGGCCGCGUCCAUGGGGGCGUUCCUGUUGGGGGCCGGGGCCAAGGGCAAGCGCUACUCGAUGCCCAACGCGCGCAUCAUGAUCCACCAGCCGCUGGGAGGGGCCAGCGGUCAGGCAGUGGACAUCGAGAUCCAGGCCAAGGAGAUCAUGUACCACAAGGCCAAUCUCAAUCGCAUCAUGUCCGAGUGCACCGGGCAGCCCAUUGAUAAGAUUGAUGAGGACACAGACAGGGAUCGGUACAUGUCGCCGCUUGAAGCCAAGGAGUACGGCCUCAUCGACCAUGUCAUUGGCGGAGACGAUGCAGGCUUCAAGGUGGCUGGAAGCCCGAGGGACUUCCCCAAGACCAAGGAGCAGUACGUCAACUGGGGUGACAUGGACGAGGAUGGCGAGAGGGGCGCUCGCUUCAGGGGAGAGCCUCUGGAACCAUACACCAAGCCUCUGGCCUGAGCGCCAGCCUUGGGCCUUGCGUCGUUUUGCCUCUCCCUACCGGUAAGGUGAUACGAUGAAAGGUUGCAGGCUUUGUGAGUCUGCAUAGCCAGCCGCAAGGGAAGACACCUUAAGGAAGCUGCAGGGUGGAUGAAUCACUUAGAGGGGUCUGCCAGGCCUUCCGUUGGCGUUCUGCAGCCUCUCUGGCAUUGACGAACUGGUACAGAGGUCAAUGCAUGGUUAUGUGGACAGUAUCAGAGCUAUUACUUGUCCAGGUUCACGCAUGCUUUGGGCCUUGGUUGCAAGGUGUCAAGCAGGCAGGCAGGCGAAAUUUGGACUGAACCAGCUAUUGUGUCCCAUAUGUAUAUUAUUACUUUGACUCUUCUGAUCUCAUCUCUACUUACACUCUCUAAUAGUAAAGAGCUGUGUGAAGACAAACUGUCUGCAAUGCAAUGACUGCAACACAGUGCAACAUGCGUUCAAGUCUGGCAUUGGUGAGGCUGAUUGACCAACCAACUGUAAACGUCACAGAUUGACUU